UUGUUUUGUUUUUCUCAGCAGGGAGUGUGAGCAGCUCGGCCUGUGUUUUCAUAGCUGGCCAUACAUAUAAGCUGGAUUUUCCAGUAGGGAAAAUCUGUUUUGUUUUGUUAAAUAUGUAUGUCAUUACCUUGUAAAGAAUGCAUUGUAUAUGGUUAAUGUAAAGCAGGGAAGGUUUGAGGUUUGACUCUCUCUCCCUGUCUGUGUGUGUGUGUGUGUGCGUGUGUGUGUGUGUGUGUGUUUGGGGGGAAUAAUUUCUAUCUUUCUUUCAAUCUUUAAAUCCUACUGAUCUGGCAACCCGGACCAUACCGGUGCAAGUAAACAAUACAGGGAUAUAGUAAGCGGUAAGCUGUGUGGUGAAACUGUGUAUUCUUGGUAUUUAAAUAGAUAAAGAUUUGAAUAUAUGCGUUUUAUAAAAUCGUGUAUUAAGCAUGUGGAAUUAAUCCUUAAAUCGCAUCACUUGUUUUUAGCAGUUGGAGAAAAUCUGGCGAGUUUUAGCAGCACAGUUAGCGUUAGCUGUCUAUGCGGAUGCCUAGUUCACUCGGAAGGGUGGAUUAAGCAGGACUUGCUGUUUCACAUGCUGGUGGAAAUGAAAGGGUCACUGCUUCCAAUAUAUUUGCAACAGAAAAGUCCGGACCCUGAUUGCAAUGUUCCUGUAAUUGAAGAAGGGGUAGUGGCUACUGCUGAGGAUCCUUCAGCAAUUACAACUAUUCAGUCAGCUGCCACGUUUUCCUCCGAGCAGCCCAUAAAAUACCUGUUCAAGACAGAGGGAGCUGGGGGGCAGGUAGGGGAACUGUACCCUCCCAUCGGUCAGGUGACAUAUAGGGUAAUUCAGGUGGCAGAUGGACAGUUGGAGGCUCAAACAGAUGGCACCACAGCUGUUAGUGUUGUUGCUGGGUUUCCUGCUACAACACAGCCAGUUACACAGGCUGUGUUCUCUCAGUCUGAAGCCUUAGAGGGAGAUGGGACAGAAACCCAUUAUACCUAUUACCCUGCCACUAUUUCGGAUGCUACAACAGGCACUAUGGUUACUGGUGUGCAGGCCUCUGACACAAUCCUCAGCCAGGGCACACCUACAGGUCAGUUAUAUGUGAUGAUGUCACCCCAGGAGGUUCUGACAGGAGCAACCCAGAGAUCUAUUGCACCUCGCACACAAACUUGCAACACUAAGUCAGAGGCACCAAGGACAUCUAGAGAUGAGAAACGGCGAGCACAACACAACGAAGUUGAACGAAGGCGCAGAGAUAAGAUUAACAACUGGAUUGUUCAGCUUUCCAAGACCAUUCCAGACUGCACGUUGGACGCCACCAAGACAGGACAGAGUAAAGGAGGGAUCCUCUCAAAGGCCUGUGAUUACAUUCAGGAGCUGCGACAAAGUAAUAAUCGAUUAGCAGAGGAGCUCAACACACUGGAGAGGCUAAGGAUGGACAACCAGCUUUUACGGCAAGAAGUGGAGGACUGGAAAUCAAAAAAUCAGAUUUUGAGGAGCCAACUCAGACAGCAUGGUAUUGUAGCAGCAGCAAGCGCAGAGCCACAAUGAAGAGUGAAGGGAGCGGUUGUUUAAAUGCUGGUUGUGACCCAUUGUGGAAGGUUCAUUAUGAGUGCUAAAUCCAGACACUAAAAAUAAGUUUCCAGGCAUAAAACUGGUUUUGAGGUCACAGAAACAAUCAUGGACAAUGCUUAAUGCAGGAUUUCUCAGUCAGUUACGUACAUUUACUUUUAAUAUGUCUUACUUUAUCAUGUAUAUAUUUGUUUUGUACAACACGUUUUUUUACUUGAUCUAACGAUGCAUUUCUAUCAUGUUCUGGUAAAAGUGGGGCAGAAGCAUGAAAACCUUUCUUGUACAUCACUCUGAAACAAUUCUGAUGGCAAAAAUUAAUCUAGCAUGUUUCAUAUUUUUUCACUGCAAUUACUAAGACAACAAAAUAAUGGUAUUUUUUCUGGUUAUGUGCAAGAUACAGCUCACUAUACACAUGUAUUUGAAAUAAAUACUUUGGAACAUAAAUGUUUGCAUCUGCCAGUCUGUGAAUUUGAAGCACUUUUCCUCUUUGACCCAAAAGUCUAAUGCACUCAUAUGUCAAGUUUUAUUAAUCUGGGGAAUUAUAGCAAAUGUGUUCUAUAAUGUUUGAAAUCGCGUUCGUAUAAUUACGUCAUUAUGCUUGUGAUGUUUACAUAUUAACAAGCUUUUUUGAUGGUAAAGCCAUCUUCGACACAUUGGUAAUACUAAGCUCAUGCAAUACUUGUUUGACCUAAAUCAUCAAUAGAAAGCUUGCAUUACAAUACAUUGCAUUCUGUUAGUAUUGUCUGCAAUAAAAGAUUUAUGUGCCAUAAAAGUUUUAUUUAGCAUAAGUUUUGUCAUAUAUUUUUAUCAACCAAAUGAAACAAUGGAUAUACUCACCUAAAGUAAUAUAAAAUCUAGUCAGAAUUCUCCAUGUCACUUUUGUGACACUGUUUUAUACAUUACCAAUUGCCUAUUUCCAUUUCAAGGAUUUAUUUUAGAUAGCUGUGAGGUGUCUGUUCUGUGUAUCUCUUAACUGUAAAAGCAGAUCAGUCACCAAAUACAGGUGCAUCUCCAAAAAUUGUAAUAUUGUGGAAAAGUUUUUUUUCUCCCCAUAAUUUAAUUCAAAAAGUGCAACUUUCAUAUAUUGUAGAUUCAUUACACACAAUGUGAAAUAUUUCAAGCCUUUUUUGUUUUUGUCAUGAUUUCCCCUCGCACAAAGUGCUGGAGCACGUGGCGUGCUCUGAAACUUCAUUGUAUUCAGCUGUUUUUUUGUGUUUCAUCCCUGAUUACGUUUGUGAUUUAAACCCCUCGUGUAUCAUUGUUUGUUGCGAAGUAUUGUGUGUAAAUUCCGGCUCAGUACCAAGCCUUUGUUCCUCGUUUCCGUGCAUAGUUUUGAUCCUGUUCUCAUCCUCGUUAUUCGAUUCUGUUUUGCCUAGUUUAUGCCCGUUUGCCAAUCGCCUGACCUGUUGCCUGUUUAUUACCACGGCUUUGCCUUUCAAUUUGGAUUUGUCUGCCUAUUUCUAAUAAAGCUCUUAUCUGCACUUGCA